GUCAGUGUUGGGACAACACACCACUUAGAUUCCAUGCUUGACAACCAGCUCUUACUGAUGUCUCCAGGAAGAAGGUAGCCCUACCAUCACAUUGUUCUUCACUCUGCAUCUUCACCCUUCAUUUGUCCACUGAAUUUAAAGAAAACUCAUCUUCCUCUCAUCAAGGAAAAGAUAAGAAUCUUCUAGAUGAGCAGAAGUUGAUUCCUACCACAAGAAGAACUGCAGUAAUUUUUCAUCUUUCUACCUCCUUCUUUUCACCUUUCCUUCCCUCCCUUUCCAGCCUCUGUAUCUCAGGUGUGUGUUUGGGCUGUAAGCAGUGAUGGGGGACUGGAGUCUUCUGGGGAAUUUCCUCGAGGAAGUCCAAGAACACUCCACUUCGGUUGGAAAGGUCUGGCUCACCAUUCUUUUUAUCUUUCGUAUCCUGGUGCUGGGCACGGCGGCGGAGUCUUCCUGGGGCGACGAGCAGAGUGAUUUCCUUUGUGACACUCAGCAGCCUGGUUGCACCAACGUGUGUUAUGACAGUGCUUUCCCCAUCGCCCACAUCCGCUACUGGGUGCUCCAGAUUGUGUUUGUCUCCACGCCGUCCCUCAUUUACAUGGGCCAUGCAAUGCACACAGUGCGCAGGGAGGAGAAGCAGAGGAGGAAGGAGCAGGAGGAGAGAGAAACAAGGGGGGAGAAAGACUACCUCCAGCAGAAGCAGAGUGGUAAGGAGAUUACAUCUGAUGGGCCUGGUCGUAUUCGCUUGAAAGGAGCCUUGCUGCAGACUUAUGUCUUAAGCAUCCUGAUCCGAACUGUAAUGGAGGUGACGUUCAUAGUCGUUCAGUAUCUGAUUUAUGGGGUGUUCCUCAAGGCACUGUAUCACUGCAAAACUUGGCCCUGCCCCAACCCUGUCAACUGCUACAUGUCUCGGCCCACAGAGAAGAAUAUUUUCAUAGUUUUCAUGCUGGUGGUGGCUGGUGUGUCUCUUCUGCUGUCUGUUUUGGAGCUCUAUCAUCUUGGCUGGAAGAGCUUAAAGAACUGCAUGCGCAGCAAGAUGAUGCAAAAGAACAGCCACAGGGCAGUAACAGUCGCUGUGUCAGCAGCCUUGGAGCCCAGCACGCCGUCAAGACCCUCCAUCUCCUGCACUCCACCUCCUGACUUCAACCAGUGCCUAAAAGCUCAGAGUUCCAUGAACCCAAUGGCUUCCAUGGCCUCUCAUCCCUUCAACAACAGGAUGGCACUGCAGCAGAACUCAGUCAACCUGGCCACCGAGCGGCACCACAGCUGUGACAACCUGGAGGAUGAGGAAGACUUCCUGAGGAUGAGAUACGAGCAGGUGCCCGCAGAGCUGCCCAACAGCUGCUCACAACUGCCUCUGCUGCACCCUAGCUGCAUGAAGGACAAACGGCGCAAUAGCAAGACCAGUGGGACCAGCAGCCGAGCACGCCAAGACGACCUGGCAGUAUAGAUUCAGCAGAGAGCAGCUGAAGGCAAAGAGGAGAAAGGGUUGGACUUUCACUUCCAGAGAGUAAGGACAAAAAGACACAAAUUUUAGAUGAGCACAAUUAGCACAGGCUAACUAUGCAGACUCUAACACUGAGGCCUGAUACUCGACUGCAGAAGAUGGAUUUGAUAUAAACAAAUGAAACUAAGAAAGAGAAGGCCCUGAGAUCUUUGAAAGGACUGCUUUGCAUGUCUAUGCAAGCUGAUGGUGUGUCGUGAAGCUUGAAAAACAACUGAAAAACAAACUGCAAAAAUGAGAAUAUUGAGGACAGGGUAACAGGUGUGAUACCUGACUAAUGCACAUUUUAUGUUUUCCUUGAGGCUGAAACAAUGGGAUGCGAAUAACAUGAUACAUGUUUUUUGUGAGAAAGCUUUUGGAUUUAUUUUAAGACAAAGCUUAUAAAUCACACUCAUCUCAGUUAUAAUAAGUACAGAUUAGCCUUUGACUUAAGCACUGUGUUCUCUCAACUGCAAAACCCUAAGGUUUAAAUGAAUAAAAAUGAAGAGCUGCUUUGGCAGAAACUGUGAUAAUUUCCUUGCAUUUGCAGUAAAUUAAAAUAAGUGCCUUAUCAAGUUUGGAAAAAUUUCUAUUUCUUUGAUAUAUGCAGUUUAAAAUGACUUGUUUUCUCCUAGUUUUUUAUCUAAAUAAUUGUUUGCACAAUGUUUUGAGGUUAACAACAUGGUCAACAUGAUGUUACUCAAAAAUAAUAACUUAAAGUGUAAGAGUAAAAGUUUAUUCAUCAGUCAUAUAUUUUUUGUGUGUGCAGAUGUUGCAGAAGAAUGUAGUCUCUUUUUUUUUACGCCUAUAAAGAAUAAAUAAAGAGUCCUGCUUCGAUGCUGGUAACAAGCAGCUUUAGCCACUAGGUGGCGACAUUGCACUUGCAAUUUUUAGUUUAUUUCCUGGAGUCGUUGUGUAUGUAUCGUUCCUAUUUGCAGUCUAUGUUUCUCAUGAUUUAUUUGAAUGCAUUUUUUUUCUUACUAUAUUGAGAAUAUUUGUGCUAAUGAAUAAAUAUUAUUAUAAGUAAAGGUUUAAAAAUUUAUAGUGUUUAUCUUUACUUCUGCUACGUCUUCUGUACAUUCAGUGCAGUUUUUGGUUCCUUCAAAUAAACAUUCACGUAAUAAAUAUUGUCACUAAUUUACAGCAAACCAAUAAAUCAU